UGUGAGCUCUGUGGUGCUGUUAUGUACACCCGUGCGCAUGCGCAAUUCAUUGUUUUGACUGAAAAUGCCGUCGGUUUCGAAAACGGCGGCCAAUGCGUCUCCUCAAACCGAGAAACCUACCCACUAUACAUACUUGAAGGAGUUCAGGACAGAGCAGUGCCCGUUGUUCCUCCAGCACAAGUGUACGCAGCACAGACCCUUUACUUGCUUUCAUUGGCAUUUUCUCAACCAGCGACGAAGGCGACCGAUCAGAAGGAGAGACGGGACCUUUAACUACAGCCCCGAUGUCUACUGCACCAAAUACGACGAGACCACGGGCAUUUGCCCGGAUGGAGAUGACUGCCCGUAUCUACACCGGACCACUGGUGACACAGAGCGCAAGUACCACCUACGGUAUUACAAGACUGGCACUUGUAUCCAUGAGACGGAUGCUCGAGGGCAUUGUGUGAAGAAUGGCCUUCACUGUGCUUUUGCUCAUGGCCCGCAUGAUCUCCGACCUCCAGUCUAUGAUAUCAGAGAGAUUCAAGCACAAGAGGCCCUGCAGAACGGUCAGCUGGGAUCUGGGGAAGGUAUUCCCGAUUUGCAGCCGGGUGUACUCGCUAGUCAAGCUAUGAUUGAGAAAACUCUGACAGAAGAUCCCCGGUGGAAAGAUACGAAUUUUGUUUUAGCCAAUUAUAAAACAGAUCAGUGUACUAAGCCACCAAGACUAUGCAGACAGGGCUAUGCAUGUCCCCACUACCACAACAGUAGGGAUCGAAGGCGAAACCCACGAAAAUACAAGUACAGGUCGACCCCUUGUCCUAAUGUGAAACAUGGUGAUGAAUGGGGUGAGCCAUCAAAGUGUGACGGUGGAGACAGCUGUCAGUAUUGUCACUCUCGCACUGAACAGCAGUUCCACCCAGAGAUUUACAAAUCCACAAAAUGCAACGAUAAACGACAAACAGGAUACUGUCCCAGAGGACCAUUUUGUGCAUUUGCACACGUAGAAAGAAUUCCCUCAACAGAGGAGACCAUGAACUCGUUGCUAACAGCGAUACAGUCGAGUUCACAGUCCCAGCUGGGCUCUCAGCAGUUUCCAGAGUGUCCAGUCAGUGAGUGGAACAGCGGAGGAAACUCCAGCACCAGCGCAACCAGUAGCAACGGACAAAUAGGAAGUGUCUCAUGUUCUAAUAACUCUGCAGUAACACCCAGCUCAGGAAGUGACUGUUUGUUAUCCCCAGUGGGAUCCAUCAGCCGGCCCAUGUCACUAAUUAAUAGUAGUUUAUGUUCAGAGUCCACCACGUCCAGUGUCUCGUCUCUGAUGUCUAACUAUCCCAAAGCUCCGGGCUUUGAACGUGAGGAUCAGAUUAAGAGCAAAGGGCAGAUGGAGCAAAAAUUGAUGGACCAGGAAAAACAGACGCAAAACACCGUCUUCUCUCCAGUCAACCCUUUGGCAUCGAGCUUCACGUCCAGCAUAACAUCGAGUUUGGCCUCUAGCAUUGGCUCGGAUAGUUCUUCACCCACCACCUUAUCAACGAUGAAUGCAAAGGCAACUCCAUUCUACCCAGGGAGCAACACGGUGGAGUCUGUCAUAGGAUCAGCGCUGGACCUCAAGUUCAGUGACAUCAACGUUGCAUCUCUUGAUAAGGAACUAGAAGAGCAGGACAACAGUUUAGGUCUGGCAAGCCAUAGGGUGCUGGGUGGAUCUGCUCCUGUUAACAUUCCAGGCUCCUUGGCUCGAUCCUCCUCCUGUAAUUCCUCAUCCUCACUUUCCACCUCCCCUCUAAGCUCCCUUUCCCAGUCGUUGUCGCAGUCCCUGCUGUCUGCGGCAGUUUCCCAACAGAGCCAUCCUUCGAACAUGCUUGCCAAGCAAGAGCACAGCCUGCUGGGAACACCCACCUCCUCUUCCCAGAACUCUCUGGGCUUGAACGGCGGUGCUAGCAACAUUUGGGACUUUGUCAGCGGCAGCUUUUCCCCAAGUCCAUCUCCGGUUUUCAGCAGUCUGACCUCCAUGACCAGCAGUGCUGACCUGGCACGCCUUUUUAGAGAGCUGGAUGAAGCCAAGAAGAAGAUCAAACAGUGGGAGGAGGCCUGGCAUCAAGUCAAACAAGCCUGUGAAGCGUGCCAGAAGGAUGCCCUCAAAGCAAAGGAGCAAGCAAAGACUGCAGAGGCCGAGCGGCAGCUGGCAGAACAGAAAUGGGAAGAAACGGAUCGCAAGCUAAAAGAGCUGCAGGGAGACUUUGAUUUGCUUUGUCGCACGUCUGGAACACCUCUUCUUCGUAGCUAUGGAGAGCUGGACCAGCUCCCCCUCUCUAAGCUUCACUCCAUCCAGAGUCAGCUACGUAAUGACCUAGACCUUAUAGAUGGGGUAAUUUAUCAGCUUCAGUCAAAGAAAUGUAUAGUUUGCCAAAAGCAUGACCGUUGCAUUGUUCUGCAGCCUUGCCAACAUUAUGCUCUAUGUGAGACCUGUGCACCUAGUAAAGCAGAAUGUCCUUACUGUAGAGCUAAGAUACUGAAGUGGUGACGCACUGCAACUCCAGGUACUGUUUAAAGAAUUAGCUCUUUUAAAAAACGACUUAUAGAUAUUACAUUUUUAAUCAGCAAUGUCUUUUUUUCUUACCUUGAUGGAUGAAAAGAUGUUUGAGUUACAAAGCAAAUAUUGUUAUUAAUCAGGUUGCUUGAAGACCCAAUGCUUUCUAUAUAAACGCCUGUUAAGUAACUGCAAACAAGGAUUGUGGUGACACAAAAUGAGCUAACACCUAAAGCAGUUUUCUUCAACUACAGAGGAAUAAAUGUAAAUAAAAACUAAUAAAAUUACACCAAUAGAGAAAGUUGAUAUCUGAGCACUUGAUCGUGACAGAAAAUCACAUUUCAAAUGAUUAAAUAUGCCAGAAAGCACCAGUGUUUAGAAGCCUUUUUGUUACUCGAGUAUGAUUAAUUUACAUGAGUAUAUAUUCUGGAAGUUGAGAGUAUUUAAUAAAAAAAUAUUACUUUGGUGGAAAUAUUCUGAAGUAGUAAAUCAUCUUUAAUAACCAAUAAUGUAUACUACUAACUAAGUACUAGGUAAUCAAAUAAUUCAAGGAAACUUUAAACAAAGUAUUCCUCUUUAAAUGAAUAAAGUUCUUUUUGUAAAUCCCAUAGUUCUUUAUUUUAAAUGUUUGUUUUUCAUAUGCAACCAGUCAAACCAUAUUUUUGACCAAGUACCCGAGGAAGUUUGAUUAUUAUUUUUGUUGUUUUAAUUAAGAGCACUUUGUUGACUUGGGGCUUUAUUAAUGGGUAUGUAGACAUUUGCUUUAAGCUGCUUCGUAGGCACUCUGUUGUCUCGUUUUAGGUUUUCUACGGUUUGUUUUUCUACAUACGCUAACGUCUGACGCUUCUGUGUGUACUGUGAAACGUUUGGAUAUUUCUUGUUAAAUCGCAGCAUGGUUCUACAUAUUAAGAUUUCAUAAUAGUUUCUACUAUAGUUAGAUUUAUAAAAUUUUAAUCCAAUAAUUACAAAUGUAAGCUAAGUGGUAGGCAUAACCAGCAGCUGUAAUAUCAGUAAGGCACAUCCUACACGUUAGGGCUGAUUUUCACUCAGUACGUUUUGUUACAGUAUGUAGAAAUUUCAAUAGCCUACUCAUUAGAGGAUUGUAUUUGCUAAGAGCCUAAAACGGUGAUUUUUGUAGGAAUCUAGCCUCUGGACUUUGUCUAGAACAUAUCGGCCUCUAACUCUAAAGUGCCUUGGCUUAGUUGAAAAGGUUAUGUACAGAAUCAUCACAGCAAACACAGGUAGUUCAAACUUGUGCACGGGUUUGUGAGUAUUUAACUUUGCAGAAGCAUCAAUAGAUGUUUGACGACACAUGUCAAUAAAUGCAUAGAUUUCCUUUUAUUUGGCCAAACUUCAUGAAGUAUUUGAGCAGGAAAAAAAGUCACGGCUGAAAUUGUCAGUGCCUGUGUCCAGAUCCCCCUCCAGCCUACCAGCCAGCAGCUCAUUCCUUGGUUGUGGUGCUCUUUUGGUGCAGCUUCACCCUUUUGAGGUUAGGUAUUUCAAUUUUACAUUUGGGAGUAUGCAAACUUAGGACAAAUGGAAUUUGUACAGCAAUGUAAAAUGCUUUUUGUUUUCAACAGUUGAGUUAGUCUUUUUUUUUUCUUGAAAGAUUUCUGCAGAAAAUGAAGAAUUCGUAGUUUAUUUGUAAGGUGGAAUUUGCAUAGGAUUUGUGUGUAGGUUGCUCUGUUUGAAAUGACCUUCUACUGUGUAAAAGACAAAAAAGGAAAAAGAAAAAAAAAACGUUAUAUUCUUGCUUUAAAUUCAGUAGAACGUUAUGUAUUUCCACUUUUUGCUACUUCUAAAUAUGGGAUAAUGCAUUGUUUACAUUCUCACAAAUGACAAUUCUAAGCAACUCAGAGGAAAGUCAUAAAAACGCUACGAUGUUUUAGCGUUUUCAUUACUAUAUUACAGCAUAUACAGCAGGCUAAACACUUCUGGUAUUGCAUGCUUGCGAUAUAGUAACCACAAUUUAAAAAAAAAAAGUAAACAAAAAAUGUCUGCACUGUGUCACACUGCCAGAAUACUUGUAAUAUAGCGUAGGUAAGGCUUAAUACUUUCUGCAAGCUUCGCUGCUACUGGAAAAGGUAUUAAUGUAGUAUCUCGUAAAACAUUUAGAUGUUUGAAUGUUGUACAUCCACAGCUCAGAUUUCAUAAAGUAUAAAAUAUUCUCUUAUGCAUCUACGUUUACUUUUUCUUAAAUUGCUCAUUUGUAAAUCCAUCCAACCAUCGUCUGAACCCGCUUGUCCAUGUAGGGUCGCGGGGGGGGGGCUGGUGCCUAUCUCCAGCGGUCAAUGGGCAAUCAGGCGGGGUACACCCUGGACAGAGCCAGUCCAUCGCAGCAUUUGUAAAUCAUGUAAGACAAAGUUUUAGUACUUUUGUAAAUCACUUAAAAUGAUGUCAUGGUUCUGUGUAGAUUUGGAUUUUUUUCCUAUUUUGAAAUUGGUUUUGUUGUGUUUCUGUCCUCCUGUACACUGUACAGCGGUGUAUAGUGCAGCUACGUCACAGUCUUUUGGUCUAGCCAACAUAACUAAAGAUGUCUAGUGUGAAAAUGUCAGAAUAAACCAAAGUGGUGUUCUAGUCGCUGCCAGAUGUGUAUUGUAGAAGAAAUUAUACUCAAACAGAGUUUAAAUAACGCUCAAGUAUUAACUGGAUUAGCCAUUCUGGUCUAUGAAGCUAUUAAUGACAGUCGAGCACAAAGAUUCAUCACUUCUAACUGAUUAAUUCCGAUCUUUUUUAGUAGCUUAAUUUCGUAUUUUAAUUAGAUUUUUAUUCUGAUUUGGUAGGAUCUGAACAUACUAGGAGUUAGCUUUCUGCUUAAACCGUUUAUAGAUUAACUGGCCCUUUUUUUGCAGUUUAACCAAAGACCUAUACCAUUUUUCUACUACAUUUCAUUUAACUCUAAAUUGAUCAGAUGAAAAUAAGUAGAUCACCUAGUACCUUAAAUAGAUUAAAAACAUCAUUGAAAAUAAUUGACGGCAUUUCUUUUCUAUUUAAAGUUAUCAGUUUAGAUGCAGAUGAUCAACACUUCAUGGGUCUGAUCCUUACAUCUGUGUAUUUGUGGCGUUUCAUGGCGGGUUGUGCAGAACUUGCCAGCACACUCUGACCUUAAGCCAGAAUUCAAUGCCCGUUUCAUUGUUGUCUCCAGUGAAGGAAUGUCUUGGUUACGUGACAUUUGUGCUUCUGAAGUGGCCAUAAAAACUUCACUACAGUACUGUUUUGGCAAAGUUUUUGUUCACUUCGCUUCAUCUAAAUAAUUAGAGAAUCUGUACAUUUGUGUUCUGUGUUUGUAUGGCACCCCAAUGGUGACUGUAAGGUGCUUCGCUUUUGUCUGAAUCUUAUUUCUUACAGACGGGGUCCAAAAUCAUGAUUUUGUUAGUUUUUCUUGGGGCAGAAAAUGAUUGUGAAUUAUUAAUGGCAGAUACAGACACAGUUACAACAGGACUUGCUUUGGAUCCUCAUUCUUGGCCAAUUUCAAGCUUUCUAAAAAGAAAAAAAGUGUUCCCCAUUUUGGUGAACGCAGAUUUCAUCAGUUCUUUAGUUUGUCUUUUGCUUUUAUUUUGGAACUUAACAGACCAAUUACUUUCAACUAAAUCUGUGCCUUUAAUAAUCGCAUAAUGUUGAUUGACUGAAGAGAAAAAAAUAAAAACCUGGUGAAUCAGAAUCAAAAUUGUAGUGCCUUACAAUAGUUCUGCGGACCACAGUGUGACUACUAAAGCUUGGUUUAUGCUUGACGCAUUCACCUUCUGCGCGGUGAUGCGGCUCGCGGAUGGAACGCGCUUCACAACUCGCAGCGUUAACGGUUCAUGUGGCUCGUCUCUGCGGUGAGCCAAUAUUCUCCCAAACUGUAGGGGGCAGCAUGGAGCUCUACGGCAUGCAUCCAACACUACACCAUAGUAGAAGUAGAAAUUACUGUUUACAACAUGGCAUUCCAGCAGUUUUUAACAGCGUCCUCGUCUUUUCCGACAGUGCGAGCUAUUUCUCUCCAAGAAUUAUUAUCAACAUGUUGAUCACGGUGGUCUCUGAGAGCUGAAUCAUACAAAUGUCUGUAUUUACGAACCUCUGCCGUACUAGUUCUUGCCGGUCCGCCAUGUUUUUCCGCGUUCGACCGUUCGCGUGGUUAGAAAUUUUCCUAGGUGCGCGUUGCGGAAAUUUUGGGCCGUGUGGAGGGGCGGGGUUGUUAAAAUGACGCAAUUUCGCCGUGCGGAUCUCGCAGACGCGUCAAGCAUAAACCAACCUUUAGGGUCCCGUUUAUUUGGACCAUGAGCUGAAAAACAAACGCGAUAAGAUUUGCUUACCAAUUUGAAUAAAAACAAAUAUGUAUAAUUUAAAUACAACUGUCUGUCUUUGUCUGUAUUUGCCAUUCAGUUCUAAAAACAACCCAGCAAUACCUACAACCACUGAAUAUUUCAUUUUCUUUGGAUUUAGUUAUUUGGCACCAAAAUGUCCUUUUCUAUGUUUUGUUUUGUUUUUUUCUUUGUCAGGAAAAGCACCAAAUAGGAGGACUCUUGUAAAUGAAUAUGGGUAAAUAUCAUUAAGCUCUGCUCUGCGUUGGAAUAGUUGAAUCUAUUUUGCAUUGUUGUUAGAUGUUGUGUCCUUUUUGUUUUUAACUUUAUAAAAAUGGAGCCAGAAGAUUUAUGCAAUCUUGUACGUGUCUGAGUAAUGAUGUCUGGAGCUGUUCAGUUAAAUGGAAAUAUUAGUACAAAGUGAUGAGUGUGUGGAACCGGUUGAUCAAUGUACUCAAAAGAUUUUCACUAGAAAUGUUAUUUUAACAUCAAAAUCCUAAAAUAUUGAAUGUAUUGUUCUAAAUCAGAUAUUCAACUAAUAGGUCACUAGACAUUAUGAAGCGCAGUUAAUUGAUUACAAUGUAGCAUUUAGUUGUGAACUGCUAUUCAAUAAAAUAUAUUAGAAUUUAAACAAAUGCAAGUUUUCAAGUUUCUGUUUGAAAGAUUUUCCAUUUCAGGGUCAUCUGAGUGUGUUAAGUCUGGGAAAGCUGCAUCUGGUGUUAUUUAGCUAACGGGUCUGGAGUCAGUUUACAGAAAGAUGCCCCUUAUUUUAUGGAAAGCCGUGUGGAUACACGGGGAACUCUACUGGUAUUUGUAGGAGUUACUCUGAUCAUUUUUUAUGUUGUGAACACACAGACAGGUGCAAGUUUUAGAAUACUAGCGAUUUCUCUUUUACAUUAAGGAUUGUGCACCACUCAUUUACAGUAGUGUAUUAAUAGCUUGUUAACGUUUGUUAAAUUGUUACACUGCAGUUAUGCAAUGGUUUACAACAUUCACUAAUUAUUUUUUAUCAUCUUGAGAAUUAAAAUAAUUUUUCAUCUGA